UGGACUGAGGUGAUUGAGCAGCGGCUGGGAGCCGUGCACGUCCACGCCGCUCUGCAGCAUCACUGACACCUCGGUCGGGAGGAGGAGGAUGCAGUGAGAGGAUGCUUCCCCUCAGCAGACACUGAGGAGAGAGAACCGGGGGGAGCAGGAGAACGAGGAGGAUUUAUGGGAGAUUUGCUGGAUUUUCUUCUUCUUCACACCGUCGUUGCUGCAAACUUGUGUCCGGUCCGGGAUGGGGAAGGAGCAGGAGCUGCUGGAAGCGGCCCGGACUGGGAACGUCGCCCUGGUGGAGAAAUUGUUGAGUGGAAAGAAGGGAAUCCUGGGGUCAGGCUCCGGAUCCAUUCCUCUGCCCAACCUCCUGAGCAUGUGGAAAGGCCUGAAUGUGAACUGCACAGACAGCUCAGGUUACACACCCCUACAUCAUGCUGCGCUCAAUGGACACAGGGAUGUGGUUCUGAAGCUGCUUCAGUUUGAAGCCUCCACAAAUGUGUCUGACAGCAAAGGUUGCUUCCCACUGCACUUGGCCGCCUGGAGGGGAGACGUGGACAUCGUCCGUAUCCUCAUCCACCAUGGGCCGUCUCACUGCCGCGUCAACCAGCAGAACCAUCAGAAGGAGACGGCUCUCCACUGUGCAGCCCAGUAUGGACACACAGAGGUGGUUUCAGUGCUGCUGCAGGAGCUGACGGACCCUACGAUGAGAAACAGUCAGCAGGAGACGCCUCUGGAUCUGGCAGCGCUGUACGGACGACUGCAGGUGGUUCGCAUGCUGGUCACCGCUCACCCCAACCUGAUGACCAGCCACACUCGCCGACACACUUCGCUUCACCUGGCUGCCAGGAAUGGACACCACAGCACGGUGCAGACCCUGCUGGAGGCCGGCAUGGACGUCAACUGUGUGACGGAGAAUGGCAGUGCCCUCCAUGAAGCAGCUCUCUUUGGGAAGAUGGAUGUUGUUCGUCUUUUGCUGGAAUCAGGAAUCGACACGAAUUUGACAGACUGUAAAGGGAGAACAGCUUUAGAGAUCCUCAGAGAACAUCCUGCUCCUAAAUCUCAGCAGAUCACUGCUCUAAUUCAAGAGUACAUGAUGGACGAGAUGGAGAGAAGGAGUAUCGUGGAGGAGCCUGUACGCAAAUGUCCCAUCCCUGUGCCUCGGACCUCAGUCCCCUCACCCUCUGCCUCCCCCUCCCUGAGACACAAGAAUGACGCUGUGACCAGUGAGUUGUCCAAGCUGCUUCAUGAGAUCAAGAAGUGCAGGGACAGAGAUUACUCCUUCGAGGAGCUCUGCCACACCAUCUCCUCUCACUCCAUGGACAGCGUCGGCAGUGGACGGCUGUCUGACGACGACCGUCCGGAGAGACCCAACGGAACCCUGACCAGAGUCGGCAAGAGGCAGAACAAACCUCUGGCUGCAGCUGUGGAGGAAGAGGAGGCAGAAAGAAGCUGCGGUCCCACUGGAUUCUGGGAAGCCUUGACUCCUUGUAACGGCUGCCACAACCUGGGCUUCCCCAGCCACUCACAGGAUUCCAAACUUUCCUCAGAAAUCGUCACAUCACCAUCUCUGGACGUUUUCCUGCCAGAAGACGAAGACAAUCCUUACGAGUCUGUGACGACCGCCGUGACUCGUAAGCCCUGCUCACUCGAUAUCAACCACCGGCUCAACAGCGGAAUCGGAAAUGGUCACUCGUCCCAGGUAGCAGUGAGUGAAGGGGAGCACAGUAACCAUGGCAACUGCUUAACAGGCCCCACUCCAGACUGCUCACCCCCGUCUCCUGACACAGCCCUGAAGAACAUUGAGAGAGUCAUCCGCCCACAGCCUAAGCAGCGUACCUCGCUGUCCUCAUCUUUGGAUGUCCAGAGACCGGUCAACCACAGCUGUGAGCCCAGCGAGGUGAGCUCAUCCCUGGGCUACGCCAGUUUUAGCACAAGUCCCCCUGCCAGCCCACCACUCAGCCCCAACCAGGAAGACUCUGCAGGAUCCAACGACGACUGUCAGCUCACAGACGACGGGCCUUACCAGCGGGAUCUUCCUCCUCCACCUCCUCCCCCACCUCCUCCGUCGUGCCCUUCCUCCUCAUCAAAUGCUCAAGUGGAGGAUCGAAGGAAAAGCCACAUUCCAGAGGAGUUUGCAGGUCUUCUUCAUGGGUCUUCUCCAGCCUGUGAGAACCCUGACACUCCGUACCACCUCUACAGCCCCAAGACUAGAAAGUACAGCUCUACAGAAGUUCAGAGCAGUUUGCUGCAAACUCCAGAAUUCAGCAUCGUGAUUGGAGGAGGACCUACCCAGGUUUUCUCCAGGACAGGAACAGGAAGUCAGUGCUCAUCGGAGAGCACCACCAGCAAUCCUCAAAAGCCUCAGGUGGUUUACCGGACCAUCUUCCACACCAGGGUCAACCAAGAACAGGCUCGAUCCAAGAACUGUGAUCAGGUGGAUUCCUCCCGGGGCUGGUCUACACUAGACCGACCCCCGUCCUACUACUCUGAUCAGAACAGGGAAGACACAGGAGGUGAAGACGGACCUGGAUACGAAGAGCGAGCCUGUACUCUGGGAAGAAUGAGGUCCAUGCCCCGCAGUGUGAUGGACCUGCAGUUGUCCAAGUCGCUUUCGAAGUCUGACUCCAACCUGGUGUCCGUGUCUCCCAUUCAGGAGGAGCACAGUUGGGGGUCUGGAUCUCGGGGUCAGGGGCCAGGAAGUCCAAACCCAGGAGAAGUUCCAGCCGUUCCAGUUGGAAGACUGGAGAGAACACCUUCUUUCACAGCAGAGUGGGAGGAGAUUGACAAAAUUAUGAGUUCGAUCGGCGCCGGAAUAGGCAGUGGAUUGGACAUCAAGGAGGAUAUUUCAGGUCCCCGCUGCCCGAUGCAAUCUGUGGGCCAGUGGCUGGACUCCAUCGGUCUGGUCCAGUACGAGAACCACCUGCUCGCCAAUGGCUUUGACAACGUCCAGUUCAUGAUCCUCCAACCACAGCAACAGAAAAAAAUCAAACUCCAGCAGCAUCAACACUGCACCCAUUAAAAUCAACCAGCUGUGUGGAUUUUUUUACAGCCACCUGUAACCUAAGGAUGGAUCAGUGAAGAUAGAUGUGCAGGAGUUAUUCCUUAGAAAUCUGAGUUGUCCAUUGAGAUGUGUUAUAUCUGAAUUCUACUAUAUUCUCAGAUUUUAGUUCAAAUUUGAUUUAUUUAUCAUUGAUUUGAGAUUUCAGCCAGAAUUUGGACGUGUUUUGAAAUUAAAGUGAAAACAUUUGAGUCAAAAACAUCCACAUGCUGAUCUUUUGAUUCUCAUCAUUCCCUUAUUUAAUAACAGAUUAUGUAAUUCUGAGACACUAGUAGGAAAAACAGAACCAGUGGAACAUCUAGAAACAUCUGGAACAUCUAGAUCCACAGACUCUGUAGCGUCAGUGCUGCAGCAGCUGAAUGACUCUGACUGAAUGAGUUCAUCUGGAGAUUCAGGAUUGAAUGACAGGUCUGUUAGCAACAUAAGAGUUAACGAAGAAGUCGUAACUAUGACUUGGUUGGUGGAGAGUUUUAGACGUCCACACUGUUGACGAUUGGUCAGACGUUGAAGUGGGCGUGGUCAAAUCUACACUGGCUUAUUUUCAAACACAUUGUUCUCCUCCUCCAUCAACUCAAAAUCUGCCAUCUCCAUCAUAACCACUUUGCCUUCAUUGUGUUUUUGUUUUUGCCACAUUCCCACAAUGCUUUGCACGUGUCACAUGUGCUGUAGUGGGAGGCUCUGGAAUUCUGGGAAGUGAGCAAAGACUUCCCCUAAUUGCUGUUGAAACAUGAAACGUCUUUGUCUAAAGAGACUUUGUUGUUGUUCUCACCGUCUCUUGAAAAUGAACACAUUUGUUUCAGGCUGUAGGUCCUUUAGUAGUUUCCAAAACUAGAGAGGAAAUGUCCACCAUUUCCAGAUAUUCCAACAUUUAAAUCAGAAUUCUGAGAAAUUAUUUUCUCUCUCAGAAUUCAUUUCUGUGACUUUUUUUUCCCAGUGUAAAGUAUUCAGAGU